AUGAAAUUGUUUAUUAUCUUAUGCACUGUGACUAUCAUUGGUACUGGAAAAAUAUCGAAACAGGAUUUCAAAAACGAUACGUUGGAAAAAACAAAAGUUUCACUCAACAACAACGGAACCAUUGGACAGAACCGGUUCAAAUCGCUAACGCUUACAGGAUUUGAUGAGGGCACUGACUCUUCUUCAAGAGAAUCCAAUAGUGUUAAGACAACGGGAAAGAACCCUGGCGGAACGAAACCUCGAUACCCCUGUCGCCAACUUAGACUAAGAGCGGCCAAAUCGUGGAGUACUGGGCCGCUGCUUAUGCCGCGGGCUACGUGGCAGCCGGAUAUUCCUACCAGAAAUCGAGUGAAGAAACUGAACGGAGCGGACGAAAAAAACCGUUACAUUUUCUCUUGCACGAACAAUUCAUGCAAUUUUCAUAUCCGGAUGAAUAUUGCAAUACCUCCAACCGAUAGAGAAAAUGAUCAUUCUGAAACAUCUCUUGAAGAAACGGUGUCUUCUACUGAAGAAACGAUGUCUUCUAAAGAAGAAAAUCAAAAUCAGGAAGUUGCGGAUGAUGACUGUGAAGAUGGUGAUGAAGCAGUACUGGAACCACAAAAACAUGAUCGCGUCACGAUAGUGCUAAAGAAACGCUGCAUUCCUCGUCGAGGAAACACCACAUCUGAAGAUGAAACUGGACAAAAAAUGGUCUAG